AUGUCAGGUCUUGACGUCGAAGCUCUACUAGAUUCCACCGCCCAUAGAGCUCCUUCUGAAUCCAAGGAGCGUCAUAGCAAAGACCGCGAUGAUCGCUACAAGAGUGACCGACACGACCGUGACCGUCAUCGCGAUGGCAGCCACCGGGACCGAAGCCGCGAUAGAGAGCGGCGUCAUCGAGAUAGAAGCAGAGAUAGAGUGAAGAAGGAAAAAGAUGUUGACGGAGAUGUAGCGAUGGAAAGUCCGAGAAGCGAGCGUACAAGCGGACGUGAGGGUCAUCGAAGCAGACGAGACCGUAGUCGAGACAGUGAUAGACGUCACUCACGCCGUCAUAGGGACUCCGCCGAUGCUGAAGACUACCGUGGCUCUGGAGGAGACUUCUACCGCGGAGGUGGGCGCGCUCGCACUCGAUCAAGAUCGCCUAAUGGGGACAGAUACUACCGACCCGGUGGCGAUCGACCUCGCCGUGAUGAAGAUGACAGAGUUCGAGACAGAAGCCCUCGUCGUGACCGCAAUGCUGAACGAAAGCGUACCCCGAGCCCCAAGCGCAAAUCUCCUACACCGCAGCCCACGGAAGAUGAGCGUGAUAGAAGGACGGUCUUUGUGCAACAGCUAGCUGCGAGAUUGAGAACGAAAGAGCUGAUUGCAUUCUUUGAGAAGGUCGGUCCAGUGAAAGAGGCACAGAUCGUCAAGGACAGAGUCAGUGGGAGAUCCAAAGGUGUUGGUUACGUUGAAUUCAAAAAGGAGGAUUCGGUUGCUCUGGCUAUCCAGCUUACAGGCCAGAAACUUCUAGGCAUUCCCAUUAUCGCCCAGCUCACCGAGGCCGAGAAAAACCGUCAAGCUCGCAACCCCGAGGCUACCAGCAGCAACCCCAACCAGAUCCCGUUUCAUAGGCUCUACGUAGGAAAUAUCCAUUUCAGCAUUACUGAGAGCGAUCUACAGAAUGUCUUCGAACCUUUCGGCGAGCUCGAAUUCGUUCAACUACAGAAAGAAGAACAAGGGCGGAGCCGAGGCUAUGGCUUUGUGCAAUUCCGAGAUCCCAAUCAGGCCAGAGAAGCCUUGGAGAAGAUGAAUGGCUUCGAUCUUGCUGGGCGGCCCAUCAGGGUUGGCCUCGGUAACGAUAAGUUCACCCCUGAAUCUACCGCAAAUCUUCUCCAGCGGUUCCAAGGGCAAGAACACCAACGCAACUAUCAGGGAUCCGCCUUUUCCGGCCACGGUGGUCGUGGCUCACAAGCAGGUGGCGCAGGUGGCGCCUUCGAUCGUGCUGGAGGCCGUGACAAUGAAAAAGGUGGAGGAGGCGCUAGUGCCCUUGACGAUACCGACGUGGCUGGAGUGAACUUCAACAAUUAUAGCAGAGAUGCGUUGAUGAGGAAGCUUGCGCGUACAGAUGACCCGGCACCCGAAUCGAAUGGUGCUGACCAGAAGCGCCCGGUCGUCAAGCCAAAGACAGAGAACAAGCCAUUGCCUGUCAGCGUCAAUCAGGCUAGUAGAUGUGUUUUGCUCAGGAACAUGUUCAAUCCUCAAGAGGAAGAAGGUGACACUUGGAUCAGAGAGCUCGAAGACGAUGUCCGAGCUGAGUGUACCGAAAAGUACGGGAAAGUCGUUCACAUUUCACUAGAUCAGAACACCGCAGGCGACAUCUACCUCAAAUUCGACCGCGUCCAGGGCGGCGAGAACGCCAUCAAAGGCCUGAACGGACGUUUCUUCGGCGGCAGACAGAUCUCAGCUCAGCCUGUUGUCGACGCAGUUUAUAGCUCGCUGUUCUCGAGAACUUCUGCGCUUUAG